UAGAAAAGCAAUUUCGAUGUAAAAAAUAAUAUACAUAUAUGGUUAUAUAUAUAUAAACACACAUACAUUAGGAAAAAAGUUCUUCGUUGCUUAAAGUAUAAACUAAACGAGCCCAAGCAUUUUUAUCAAUAAGUAUACUGCGUUUUUGGAUAGCAUGAGCGCUUCUAGUGAAGGCGCGGGAGGAGCGCCUGUUUCAGCAGCAACAACCGCAGCAGCGACAACGCCCAAAACCAUUAAUGUUAUUCACCCACAUACGCAAAUACUACGGACUACGAAGCCAAUCAUAACCACAAGAACAAUCCCAGCCAACCCAACAAAAACACAAGUGCAUUUACGCGCCAUAAACAAAAAUUCAAACAAAAACUGUUUGCCUCCCGCAGCCCAUGCCACAGUCGCAGCUAAAAUAACGCAUGUGAAACCGGAUGGCAGUCUGGCAGGUGCACCUAUUUCCAUAACCGGCGCUCCAGUGGGGAGCACCAUUAUGACUGGCGGAACAAUCAAAGUGGCCGGUGGUGGUGUACAAACUUCCCUUAGCGGUACACCCAUUUCCCUCAAUACUGGCGGUCAAGCGACCACAGCCGCCUCGAUUCGCGCCAUUGGCGCUGGCGGACAGUCAACGCAAGUGCGCGUAGUCAUGCCAAUGAUUAAACAACUGGAAAAUGUUACCGCCACCGGUCGUACACAGAUCACGGCCAUUCCAGCGGCACCAGCACGCAGUGUCUCCAAUGCAUCUAUCACCGUUACACGCCCAGUUACACAAACUACAUAUUUGCCACGAGCUGGCGUGGGUGUAACCACAGCCCAACGUCUGGUCACACCAUUGCGUGCCACUUCCUCGGCGGCUACUGUAACACCAACAGCUGCGGGUCUUACCACGGCCGGCGGCUUCGUUCGUGGCACCUCCGUCAGCCGCAGUGCCGUCUCACAGCCCUCAACUGUCAUAUCGUCGGCCAACAGUGCUGCCGCAACGGCUUGGAUGCAAGGCACCACUGGUCAGGUGCAGCUCAUUCGUGCCAUACAUCAGCCCGCUCGGCAGCGUAUCAUCUCGACAACAGGUGGUGCCCCAGGCGUGAGCAGCGCUAACGUUGCCGUCAGUGGCAGCAUUAUGACAACCACAGCAACACCUGUGCAAACUCAAGGCGGCGCAACAGGUCUGUCAGUAACCGCCGGGCAGGGGCUACCCCAUGCACCGCCAUCAGCCAAUUCGGCCACACCUCAAGCUUAUGUGGCCACUGUUUUGCCACCGCGUCAACAUCAGGCCACGCUUGUCUACUCCAAUGUGAGUGGAGCCCCCAACACAAAUCCCAAUGCUGGACAGCAAUUUAAUCCGAGUGUGGCUUCCGCUCAACGUUUUGCCGUCGCCACACCGCUUGGCACCGCCACUACCACUACGCCAGGUGGCACUACAGUCACCCCACGUCAGGUUCGUCCUAUACCUUUGGGCAAAUCUUUUCCCACCAGCAUCAGCAUACGGGCCCCUAGCAUUCCACAGCUGAGUGCAUCAUUGGCCCCGGGCAGCGUUGCCCCUUCCACACCAGUUAGUGUAACCGCCGCAACGGUAGCUGCACGCGGCGCCGCCGGCUCUGCUGUCAGUGUCGCACCGGUUCUAACGACAACGAAUUUGCCAACAACCCGGAUUAUUCAGCUGCAGCAACCAACCACCGGCGGUACACCUCAAAUAUUGGGCUCCACAGCACGUCUCACCGGAAAUGUGAUGCUGCAGCCCUUCCUUAUGAGCACCACGGGUGCUAAAAUGGUAGGCAUAAGACCACCUGUGACGAUGACAGCCAAAGUACAGCCCUCGUUGACCAUCACCCAAUUGAAUCCCAUUGGCAAGCUAUCGACUGGCGGUGGUGCCGGAACAGCCCAAACCAAUUUGACACCACAGAGCGUUGCAGCGAGCAUUCAGGCGCUUGGCGCCGGCUCCACAUCGACACUGGGCGUCGCAUCUAGCGUCGGCACUGGUGGAGCCACUGUGACUGUAUCCCAAGGCGGUACACAACUGUUGCCGGGCAGCAAUCUCGUGUCGAGUGGUGCAGGAGCAGCUGCCACAGGUGGUGCCACGGUUCUUCCACUGGCCAUCAGCACACGUGGCGGACCGGGCAACAACAUACUCACACCGAUUAAGAAUGCUAGCGGCAUCACUGUGGGGAAUCUGCUGGGCAGUGCCUCCAGCAAGGAACUAACCAUGCCGUCAGUCAGUGUGCCACCAAGUGGUGGUGCUGGUGGUGCACCAACCAGCGUCUUCAUUCAACAGCGAGCGGGCAGCGCAGCAGGCAGUGUGAGUGGUGGCACGGGCGGUGGUGUCAGUGUGUCUGCAACUGGACCGGGCACAGCUGUGGCCACAUCCUCGGUGGCCGGCGCCUUCUUGCCGCAGGGCAGUGCAACCAUUUAUUACGAAUCCAUGCCGGCCAGCAACGUGCAAGUGUCCACGGGUGUGCUCUCCCUGACGACCACAACUCUGACGCAGAGCACGCAUACACACUCUCAAGCACAGCAGCUGGUGAGCAGCUCUGGCAGCUUGUCCGUCUCAUCGCUGCCGUUCGCCAGCCAUUCCGCUGGCUCCACAGCCACGUUCACGGUGGUGCCAUCUUCGUCGACAUCUGCGCCAGGUGCGCGUACCAUCAGUCAGCUGCAAUUGCAAGCCGGCGGCACCCGGGAACUGGGAUCAACGUUAGUGCAGGCAGCGACAGCAGCUGGUCAGCAGUUGCUCAUACCGACCGUCGGUGGACAGACUGGCAAUGCAGCCGCACAGCACAUGGUCAUACCGUUGCAUACGUCUGUCAAAGUCACGGCCACCACCAGUGGCGGUGCUACAGUCAGCGCACUGCCAGUGCCGGGCAAUGCCGGCACACUGGUCUCUAGCUUCAUGCGCAAACGUGAUGCCGAGGGCUCCCCCAUUCGAGCUGCAAAAAAUCUGGCGCCAACACUACUUUCUAUGAGUAGCAACAAUGCAACGGUGGGGUCUGCAGCUGCCACAACAGUGACGCCCGUAAAUCUCCAUAGCGGAACAGCUGCUGGUAGUGUGAAUACGGGAGCAGGAGUCGGCUUAGCAGCCAGCAUGAGCAGCAGCGCAUAUAGCCAUGCUUUACAACAUGUUACAGCAGCGUCCACCGUACUGCCUGUUAGCACCUCGUCUCUAACUGUGGAAGCUCUCGCUAAGAAGGAUCGAGCUGCACAUGCAGCCGCUGUAUCGUCAGCUGUGGGAGUGGCAGCGUCCAUUGUUGGGACUCGUAACGUACGUGCCGAUUCGCCGGCCUCGUCCGACGGCUCCACAACAGUAUCGGCCAAUUCUUCGCCUGGCGUAGAACAGCAAAUGCAGGACAGCAAUCUCAUCAUCAAUCGCAUUGGCGAUGGUCCAGCAACGUCCCGAGAGAAUACAACACAUUUUAAUCCCAUCAAUGAGCUAUAUGCAAGUCAUCCUUCGAUGCAACAGAACAUGACGCACACGCCCAUCAAUGCCCGUACCGGCAACAAUGUUUUCGAGCUGCAGGCGCAGCACCAGACGCACCAUCUGCCCCAACAACAACAGCAGCAGGCAACAACAACAUUACCGGCCCAUUUGCAACAGGUAGCAAGCGUUGCAAAUGCUGCACGUAUGAACGGGGGCAGCGGCUACGAUUGUCCAGCUCGCAAGAAGCCGCGACGUUCCACUAACGAUAGCCAACACUCGACGCAAAGUCAGACUUCGCUCUCGCUGCCAGCGCCCACAGGCAGCAGCAUCUCAAGCGCCGGCAGUGCUAGCAGCAUCAAUGUUACCACCGGUAGUGGCAUCGGUGCAAGUGUCGGCUCUGGCCUGGAAGUUUACAUGCAGCAUAAUAAUGGUUUAUUGGUCACAUCAGCUGCUGGCACGCCCACCACUGGCGAGAACAAUCAUCGCCUGGGCUUAGGUAGUGGAGUAAGUGGAGCGCCCACUGUAACUGGUAAUAAGGAGAACGCCAAUCCUGUAGACUUCGUGCUGCGUCGCCCACGUAAUUGUGCGCUGCUCAAUACCUUCAAGCCCACCCACAAGCUUGCUAACAAUCAUUUUCAUAGAUAUACGGAUGUAAAACCACGUGAGGAACGUCGGCCCACUGUCAUUGAUUUGGCAAAUCAGCCCAAUGUGCACGGCAAAAUAAGUGGCUGGAAAGUAUACCAUCUACGUUCGCAAAUGGAGGAUUUGAACGAAUCGGAGAUGGUUAGCCUGAACCAGUUGGAAACUAUGCUGAAAGAGCUGGAAAAGGAUAAGGAGAAGCACAGCGAAAUUGAGCGCAUUAGCGAGCUUCUAAAGGGCAACAUACAACGUAGCAAAAUCGUCACCGAUGGUAUCAAUGAGGCACAGCUUCAGAUUAUGAAAAUCUUUGAUCACAAGCCGCAUGUUUCGGACAUUAUUAAUCGAUGCGCCUCGAAGCGAAAUUUCAAAAAACGCGAAAAGAUUUAGGUAUAAGUAAUAUGCAUGAUUAUAUAUCCAUAGAGACAACGACGCCUGUACAGUCUAGGGAUAUUUUUAUACAGCAUCUAGUAAUAUCCCAAACAUAACGUGGUUUUAUAAUAAAUCAGUAAUUUAAUAAUUUAAAUUAG